UGCAGCCGGUCCCGACAAAGUUCAAUGCUUUCGGCGGAAAUUCCCAUUUCUAGGGAAGUGUGCAUUCACGCGGCAGCAAGUCAACAUUACCCAAGUCCUUGUGGGGAAGAAGAUUCUUCGAAUUUUCAUCCCCGCGGUAAGAUCCCAGCAGAGCUACCGUGGGUUUCGAAGGAAAUUUUCAUUCCUAAGGAAGCCUGCUUUGAACGCGGCAGCAAGUCGGUAUUACCUCUAUAUAAAUCGCGGGACUCCCCCAAUUCUUAGCAUCCCAUCUCUACAACAUCUCUUGAUCUUAGAAAUGGCCUCCAUGUCUUACACAUACGAGGCGUUCAACAUUGCAUUCAAAUUUCUCUCCACCUCCGCCUCCUUAGCCGGAAUCUGGAUGCUCCUCCGAACCGCGGCCGGCGAGGUCAUUCUUGACGAGCUCAAAUCUUUCUUUUUCUUCUUCUUUCACUACCGCUUUCCCUCUACCAACCUCACUUUCGUCAUCCACGAACCCAGCAGCAUGCCAAGAGAUGAAGUCUACGAUGCCGCGAAGCUCUAUCUCGUAGGCAAGAUCAGCCCCAAAACGAAGCGGCUCAGGCUCGGCAGAACCGAGAGGCAAGAGCAUUUCGCCUUCUCAAUCGAAAAGGAUGAAGAGAUCGUCGAUACUUUUGACGGAACUGAGUUCAAAUGGACGUAUAAAACCAUAGAUCGUGAGGAUGUCGAAGAAAAUUUCUUCGAACUAACUUUCAACAGGAAGUUCAAAGAUAAAGUCCUCAACUCUUAUUUAGGUCAUGUUUUGAACAGUGCUAAAGAAAUCGAAGAGAAGAACAAAGUGGUUAAGAUCUAUAGUCGUCACUUACGUCGCAACCGUGAUGAUGCCUGGGGUUCCAUGAUUCUUGGGCAUCCAGCCACAUUUGAUAAUGUAGCCAUGGAUCCGAAGCUGAGGAAGACGAUAAUCGAUGAUUUAAAUAGGUUCAUGGAGCGUAGGGCGUACUACAAGACAGUGGGGAAGGCCUGGAAACGAGGGUAUUUGUUAUACGGCCCUCCAGGUACUGGAAAAUCGAGUUUGAUUGCUGCCAUGGCUAAUCACCUCAACUUUGCUAUAUACGAUAUGGAGCUUGCAACUAUGUCCAGCGAUUUAGACUUGAAAAGAGUAUUGUUAGCAGCACCAAGCAGGUCAAUUCUUGCAAUCGAGGACAUGGACUGCGGCUUCAAACUUCCAGACAGAGAAAAUUACUGGGCAUCUGAUAAAUCCCAGAGAAAGUUAACGCUAUCUGGCCUGUUGAAUUUCAUUGAUGGACUGUGGUCAAGCUGUGGGGACGCGAAAAUCAUUGUGAGUCCGAGUCAUGAUUCAGACAAGAUCUCACUGUCCUGCGUGUGUUCUCAUGAUAAUCAUCCUCUUCGUCAUCUUCAUCAUCUUUCUUCUCACUAAUUACACCAUUCUUUAGCAGUAGCACCUCUAAUGUCUCAGUGGUGAAAUCAUCUUUUCCUCCAAGAUCUUUGGAAGCCAACUACUCUGUCAAAUGCAAUUCCCUUUCUGCAGGGUAACAUUUCGUGUUUUCAAUUGAAUAUGAUUAACGAAACAUGCUUUCUAACUUCAGUAUUUAACAGAAACUGCUCAAAAUAUAUAUUCAUAUUAGCU